GCAUCCUACUGGCUGUCCAGCUCAGUCUGGCUGUACCCCGUUGGCAUGCAGGCAGCUGGAGGCCGCAAGGCUGAGGGACUGAGAGGCUGGGGGGUUGCCUGGCUCCCGGCUCACAGCCUCUACGUACCGUCUAUGUCCCCCUCAUAACGUCAGCCUCUAGACCUUCUUUCGGUAACAACGACGAAUGGCGCGCCCGCUGCACCGCGAAGACUACACGGUGGGAUGGGUGUGCGCGCUGCCCAUUGAGCUGGCGGCCGCGCAGGAGAUGCUCGACAAGGAGCACGACACGCCCCCGUACAACGCCUACGACACAAACCUCUACACCUGCGGACGCAUUGGCGAGCACAACGUCGUAAUCGCGUGUCUGCCUGAAGGCCAGACAGGCACCACCUCAGCUGCAGCGGUCGCUAUGCAGAUGAAGUUGACCUUCUCGUCAACGCGCUUCGGCCUGAUGGUAGGCAUCGGCGGCGGCGUGCCGAGUGAGGAAGCUGACGUGCGGCUUGGGGAUGUGGUAGUGAGCAAGCCGCACAAGACGCACGGCGGGGUGGUGCAGUACGACUUGGGCAAGGCUACGCCAAGCGGGUUUGAGCGCACGGGAUCCCUUAACACACCGCCGACUGUCUUGCUAAACGCGGUUGCGAACCUGCGGGCUAAGCACAUCAGAGGGAGGGGCAGGCUGUUAGAGUACUUGUCCAAGCUUGACAGUCUGCCAGACUUCAGCCGUGAAGCUGCUGGGUCGGAUACCCUCUUUGAGGUGGAGUAUGAUCACGUAGGAUUGACAACGUGCAGGAACUGCAGCACAGAGUACGCAGUCGCUCGGGAGGCACGGAGGCAAGAGGUGGUCGUGCACCACGGCACAAUCGCGUCUGGCAACCAAGUGAUGCGGAGCGCAGCCGAGAGAGAUAAGGUCAGCGCAGAGCUCGGCGGGGUGCUGUGCUUCGAGAUGGAGGCGGCGGGGCUGAUGAACAGCUUCCCAUGCCUGGUGGUGCGCGGGGUGUGUGACUACGCGGACUCGCACAAGAACAAACGGUGGCAGGGGUACGCGGCGGGGACGGCGGCGGCGUACGCGAAGGAGGUGCUGUCGGUGAUACCACCAGCGGAGGUGGCCGACACCCACACCGUGGACGAAGCGAUCCGAGAGACGGCUGCUCUUCAUCGUCAGAGAAACGGACUUCAAGAAGAGUGUGCUACCGUUCCGCCUCUCGACAUACGACAUAAUAGUUUGUAUCAGCGCAAAAGGGAACAGCCACAAUUUGAAAGACAGAUCUGCGACACAGAUGCCCAGUCAGAGAGAGUGGUAAUGCAGCAAGUGGAGGUUGGAGACCACGGAUCACCGUUCAAUUAUCGCAUAUCCAAUGAGAAGUCUAGCUCAGGUCGGGCAGCAAGCCAUAUGACAGCCACUGGACACGGGAUCCUUACUGUUCCUUGUAGAGGUUGUCUGAAGAAGUUUCACACACAAAGUGCAGCAAAUGAGCACAUGGCAUCCACUGGACACGGGAUCCCUACUGUUCCUUGUAGAGGUUGUCUGAAGAAGUUUCACACACAAAGUGCAGCAAAUGAGCACAUGGCAUCCACUGGACACGGGAACCCUACUGUUCCUUGUAGAGGUUGUCUGAAGAAGUUUCACACACAAAGUGCAGCAAAUGGGCACAUGGCAUCCACUGGACACGGGAACCCUACUGUUCCUUGUAAGAGGUGCGCCAGGAAGUUUUAUACGCAGAGUGCGGCGAACGAGCACAUGAUAGCUGUCCGGCAUUAGAGGCUUUGCUUCCUCGUCUAAGAUUUGUGCCUGGAAUUCACACACGCUAAGCAGCUUAUCGAUGACUAACCACCAUAAAAGAGCCAGAGGGGACUAACACUGGAAGCUAUUUUU